AUGAAGAAAUGUGGACGAAUUUCGGAUUCUCGGCAAAGCGGCACUUCGUCAUCUACCACUGCACAAUUCACAACACCAUCACUAUGGUCAGAAUCUUCAUUAUUGUUUGGUAGAUCUAAAGGACGAUAUCUGGCGUUGACAGUAAGAGGUGAUGAAGAAAUGCAAGUGAUUCCGCAUCGAAUAGUAAUGCUUGGUGACUGUUCCAGUGGUGUUAGCUUGCUAAGAAGUGAAUUGGCAAAAUUGAAUUGCUUUAAAGAAAUCCCAUUCUCUGAUGCCGAGUGUUGUACAACAGUAACACAAGAUGGACGUGAGAUGCAGAUGUGGCUUUUUGUUGAUUUGCAUAAUUUUGAAAUGUUUUGCAAACAGUGCACCGAAAGCAUCGAUUGCUGUGUAGCAUGCUAUUCGAUAACAACUGGACAAACUUAUCGGAGUGUCAUCGAGGAAUGGAUUCCUGAAUUUAUGAAUAUGUUUCCUGGAAAGCCAAUCAUCUUAUGCGGAUUGGACAAUUCUGAAGUAUGUACAUGUAGUGGCGGCAUGCAUGAAAUAAUGUUUCAACAUGAUUUCAAUUUUUGCAGCAGUCACCUUAUACAAAUGGAUGUUUCCAUCUUCGAUAAGGUAUGA